GUUUUGCAUUUGUAUCUUGAACAUUAUCCACCUUGACAGUUACUUUGGUAGCUUUGGAGUUAGUGGUGCUAUACCUUCAAUGUUUGCUGCUCUACGAAAUCUGCAGACAGUGUGGGCUUCAGACAAUGAACUCACUGGUAGCAUACCUGAAUUCAUUGGGAAUUGGUCAAAGCUUAAAAGCUUGAGAUUUCAGGGAAACUCCUUUGGAGGUCCAAUACCAACAACAUUUUCCAACUUAACCUUGAUGGAGGACUUAAGGAUAAGUGAUUUAUCUAAUGGAAGUUCUUCAUUGGCGUUUCUUAAGGAUAUGAAGUCUUUGAAUCUCUUAAUUCUGAGGAAUAACAAUAUUUCUGGAUCUAUCUCAUCCAAUAUUGGAGAUUAUCAAAGAUUGUUACAACUGUAAGUUAUUGCUAUAAAUUUCAGGUCAGCUCCCAUAUACUUCAACCUGAAAUUUUGCCAGUUUAGAGCCAGAUGGGGGAAGAUGGAGUCAAAACCAGACAGCCAACUCUAUGAAGCAAAUACUUUUACUGUAUUUACGUUAUUAUAUAAUGAAUUUAAUUGACCAUGGUUUGUAUAAUUUUUCAGGGAUUUUAGCUUCAACAAAUUAACUGAACAGAUUCUUGAUUCGCUGUUCAAUUUGAGCUCUCUUGUAAUAAACAUCUUGUGUUGUAUUAUUUUAGAAUCUUUCCAACAAAUACUGUUUAUUGCUUGAACUAA